GCUCCAGACUGCGGCCCCCCCACCCGUUCCUUUCCUCUCGCCGGAAAGCUCGCGGAGGCGGAGGCAGCGGCGGCGGCGGAGGCGGCGGCGGCGUCGGUGGUGGCAGCCUGUGGCCUUUCUCUUCCUCCUCCUCCUCCUCUUCAUCUUCCUUCAUCCUCCUCUUCUUCCUUCAUCCUCCUCGUCGGGAGGCGGCGGCGGCGGCGAGAUGCACCCCAGCGCCCCCAGCUACCCCACGGCCUCGCUGUACGUGGGGGACCUGCACCCUGAGGUGAGCGAGGCGAUGCUGUACGAGAAGUUCAGCCCGGCCGGGCCCAUCCUCUCCAUCCGCGUCUGCAGGGACAUGAUCACCCGGCGCUCCCUGGGCUACGCCUAUGUCAACUUCCAGCAGCCGGCAGACGCCGAGCGAGCCCUGGAGACCAUGAAUUUCGAUGUCAUCAAGGGCAAGCCGGUGCGCAUCAUGUGGUCCCAGAGGGACCCCUCCCUCCGCAAGAGCGGCGUGGGCAACAUCUUCAUUAAAAACCUGGAUAAGUCCAUCGAUAAUAAGGCUUUGUUCGAUACCUUCUCUGCCUUUGGGAACAUCCUCUCCUGCAAGGUGGUAUGUGAUGAGAAUGGGUCCAAGGGCUAUGGAUUUGUACACUUUGAGACCCGAGAGGCUGCCGAGAGGGCUAUUGACAAAAUGAACGGGAUGCUUCUGAAUGACCGCAAGGUCUUUGUGGGGCGCUUCAAAUCCCGCAAAGAGAGAGAGGCAGAGCUCGGGGCCAGAGCCAAAGAGUUCACCAACGUUUACAUCAAGAAUUUUGGCGAGGACAUGGACGAUCUGAGGCUUAAGAGGCUCUUUGGUAAGUUUGGACCUGCUUUAAGUGUCAAAGUCAUGACUGAUGAAAGUGGCACGUCCAAAGGGUUUGGCUUUGUGAACUUUGAGAGGCACGAGGAUGCCCAAAAGGCUGUAGAUGAGAUGAAUGGGAAAGAACUGAAUGGGAAAAAAAUCUAUGUGGGCCGGGCUCAGAAAAAAGUAGAGCGUCAGACGGAACUCAAGCGCAAAUUUGAACAGAUGAAGCAGGACAGGAUCACCAGGUACCAGGGUGUGAACCUGUACGUGAAAAAUCUGGAUGAUGGUAUUGAUGACGAGCGCCUGCGCAAAGAGUUCUCCCCAUUUGGUACCAUCACCAGUGCGAAGGUGAUGAUGGAAGGGGGCCGCAGCAAAGGGUUUGGCUUCGUGUGCUUCUCCUCGCCAGAGGAAGCCACCAAAGCCGUCACAGAAAUGAAUGGCAGGAUCGUGGCCACCAAGCCGUUGUACAUAGCUUUAGCCCAGCGCAAAGAGGAGCGGCAGGCUCACCUCACAAACCAGUACAUGCAGAGAAUGGCCAGUGUCAGAGCUGUGCCCAAUCCUGUGAUCAACCCUUAUCAGCCUCCUUCAGGUUACUUCAUGGCAGCUAUUCCUCAGACUCAGAACCGGGCUGCCUACUAUCCUGCCAGCCAAAUCGCACCUCUCAGACCAAGUCCUCGCUGGACUGCUCAGGGCGCCAGACCUCAUCCAUUCCAGAACAUGCCUGGUGCUAUCCGCCCCGCGGCUCCCAGGCCGCCAUUCAGUACGAUGAGACCAGCUUCUUCACAGGUGCCACGAGUGGUGUCCACACGUGUGGCAAACACGUCGACUCAGACCAUGGGUCCACGUCCAGCGGGAGCAGCGGCUGCCGCGGGUACCCCUGCUGUCCGCUCGGUUCCACAGUAUAAGUAUGCUGCCGGCGUUCGCAAUCCUCAACAGCAUCUUAAUGCUCAACCACAGGUUACCAUGCAGCAGCCUGCCGUUCACGUGCAAGGUCAGGAACCUUUAACCGCUUCGAUGUUGGCAUCUGCCCCUCCGCAAGAGCAGAAGCAGAUGUUAGGGGAACGCCUGUUUCCACUCAUUCAGGCCAUGCACCCUACUCUGGCCGGGAAAAUCACUGGCAUGUUGCUGGAAAUCGACAACUCGGAGCUUCUUCACAUGCUCGAGUCUCCUGAGUCUCUGCGUUCUAAGGUCGACGAAGCUGUAGCUGUACUCCAAGCUCACCAGGCGAAAGAGGCUGCCCAGAAAGCAGUGAACAGUGCUGCCGACGUGCCUGCUGUUUAAAAGAAAAGACGAGGGACCGAGAAAUGGAACCUCCACUUCGUGGGAAGAAAAAUGUCUAAACAUCUAAAAACUUAAAUGUUGUGAAAAAAAACAUCGAAAAAUGUGAAAUAAAGAAAAAAUGGAAAGGAAACUUUGAACUUGAUGUACCGAGCAAAUGCCAGGUCUAGCAAACUUAAUGCUAGUCCUAGAUUACUUAUUGAUUUAAAAGCAAAAAAAAAAAAAAACCAAAAAAAUCGAAAAA